AUGGAAGAAGUUUACAGCGGCUCCUGCGGAAACCACUCGGGCGGACGAGCCUUAGCAAUCAAGAUUAAGCGUCACAGGUACUACUGGUCGACGAUGAUCACGGAUUGUGAGAAGUACUCUGCUAAUGCGAGAAGUGCCAACGACACGCGCCGACGAUCCAUCAACCCGCUGAGCUGCUAUCAUCCAUCUUGGCGCCGUACCCAUUCAUGCGCUGGUCGAUGGACAUCGUGGUGGGUGGAAGCAGAUUCGUACGCCAGCAUAAAAGACGCUCAAGUUGAACAAUUCGUUUGGAAUAAUAUCAUAUGCCGCCAUGGAGUUCCGUAUGAGAUCGUUACUGACAACGGCUCGCAGUUCAUUUCAGCUCGUUUCGAAGGAUUCUGCGAGAAGUGGAAGAUUCGACUCAGCAAAUCCACGCCGCGCUAUCCGCAAGGAAACGGUCAAGCCGAAGCAACUAACAAGACAAUCCACGACGGUUUGAAGAAACGGUUAGGCGAGAAGAAGGGAUGUUGGGCAGACGAACUCGAAGGUGUACUUUGGUCGCACCGAACCACUCCGCGGCGAGCCACUAGGGAGACACCGUUCGCGCUUGUUUACGGGACAGAAUGCAUAAUCCCAUCUGAGAUACAUUUCCCUGGAGUUCUUCGACGGAUUUUACCGGAGCAAGAAGGACUUAACCACCUGAUGCUUCUUGACGAGCUGGACGUGGUGAACGAACCACGCGACCGUGCACUAAUCCGCAUCCAAAAUUACCAGCAAGCAACGGCUAGGUACUACAACGCCAACGUUCGAGGCAGAAGAUUUGGAGUAGGAGACCUGGUCCUCCGGAAAGUUUUCCAGAACACCGCCGAACUAAACGCAGGAAAGUUGGGCGCGAACUGGGAAGGUCCCUACAGAAUCACCAACAUUGUGCGACCCGGCGCUUACAAAAUCGAAACUCUGGAUGGAAAAACGAUACAGAAGCCCUGGAACAUGAUGCACUUGAAGAAGUAUUACCAUUAG